AUGCCUGGGGGACCUCUCUCCCUCACUCUGAGAGGCAGCCUGGAGCCUCCACCCUCAACAACCACUUCAGUCAGCAGUCAGGAGGUGAGGCCAGACUAAAGAGACACACCUAUACAGUACACGCUGAGUCCCAUAUCCUGUUAGAAAUGACAUUUAUCUUCCAUAAUAAGAGGUCAAAAUACACAGACAUCAAUGCACUGUUGUUGUAUUUGUACUGUUAGCCCACACUUGAAUGUUUGCCAGUCUGUGAGUUAUAAAUGUGUGGUUUUGUAAUAUUGAGGAAAAAGUAUUUUUAACCAAAUUAAAUCAUGUUAAAGUAAACUGAAAAAUACCACCCCAGUCACUACAAUGGAGAAUCAUCAGAUAUCCCAGAAAGCAGCUGGAUGCAAUAAUAUAUCCAUAAACAUAUUUAAGUAGAAAAAUAAGUAUUUUUCAGUAUUAUUGUAAUCAGUAUCACAGUGGAAUUACCCUGCAAAUAACCUGCAAUUGUUUUCCAUCUCUAGAUUCGCCACUCCCUCCCGGUGGAGACAUUGCCAGCUGGCGGUCAAGAACAUGUACUUCAUUGUCUGAGCUUAUGUAAGCAAAAGAUCAACACCAUCUGUCGUCCGGGACAGGCCAAGCUCCGUCUUCUAGGGGAAGUGAUAGAAAAGGAUCUAGGUGAGGUUGUUCCAGGGGUGAGGGUGACGCGCCUUGACUCAGCUCAGCUGGUGCUGGAGGGCUUCUCAAGUGAAGUCCGGAUAGCCAGACAGUUGGUUCAAGAUAAAAUCUCUACGGUGAUGGAGCGGGUGGUGCCUGAGGUGUCCCUCCACCUCCUGUUCUUUCUGAGGAAGGAGUAUGGGAGGCCUGAGCAGCUCCGUCUGUUCGCCCUCUCCUCUGGGAAACUGGACCAGGCUGAGAAGGAUCUGCUGGGUGAGUUUGGGGAGGAGAAGAUUGACCUGCCCAACGGUGUCCUCCCAGCUGAACUGAAGUCCAAACUUGAGAAGAAGGUGAAGGAGAUGAACCAGAGAAGCCGCCGGGUGGUGGCCAGGUACGGUCCUGGGUGUAGAGUGCAGCUGCUGGGCCACCUGAAGCAGGUUCAGGAGCUGAGGGAGGAGAUCGGGGACUUUCUGAUAGGCCAGUCCAGUGGAAGAGUUGUGGGACGCCCUCAACAGAACCAUGGUGGCGAAGUCGGUGAAGCGGGCGCCGGACCAAGAUGUGAGGAGACGGUCGCAGCCACCAGCUAUUGCCUCCAGGGAGGGCUGCGGGUAGUGGUUUGUCAGGGUGACAUCACCAAGGAACAGGCGGACGCACUGGUGAACGCAGCCAAUGAGGAUCUGGAUCACGCUGGAGGUGUGGCUGCAGCUCUGAGCCGGGCGGGGGGACCUGAGGUACAGCGGGCCAGCAGGGAUCUGGUUAGGCAGAUAGGGAGAGUACCCACAGGUACAGUGGUAGAGACUACAGGAGGGAAUCUGCCUUGUAAGAUGCUGCUGCAUGCGGUGGGACCAGUAGGUGGCAGCGUAGGUGGGAAUGAGCGCCCUCUGCUGGAGAAGACAGUAAUGGCAGCCCUGGAUCUGGCAGAGACCCUGGAGCUCCAGACCCUGGCCAUGCCCUGCAUCAGCUCAGGGAUAUUUGGCGUUCCUCUGAAGGUGUGCUCUGAGGCCAUAGUCUCUGCAGUGAGGGACUUUGGGAGGGAACAGCACAUCCUUACCAAGGUCACUCUGAUUGAUGUGAGUGGAGAGGCAGUGAAAGCCAUGCAGGAGGCCUGUGAUAGGCUGUUACAGGGUAAGAGGGAGUUUUCUGGUUGGGAGGGAGAUUCUAGCACCACCACUACCACUACACAUGCUCCUCAGAGAGACACCACUUCUGCCUCCACCAGGGGAGCAGCGGCUCCAGAGGUCUGUGUCCAGGUGGAGAUCAUCCAGGGAACCAUAGAGAAGCAGCAGGUGAGAGAGAGACACUGACAUGGCCACAUUCUUGAUUAAACAACAUUCUGUGAAUUAUGUUGACUUCAUACUGACUCAAUGUUCCCAUUCUCUUUUACACUUUCUCUUCCUUUUUCUGUUACCCUUUUUCUUUCUUUCUUUAUCUCUUUCUUUCCUCUUCUCUGUCUGUCUCUCUGAAGGUGGAUGCCCUGGUGUCCCCCAUGGUUGGUAGUGACCCUCUCUCCUCCCGUGUUGGUAAUGUCUUGUUGGAGGCAAAUGGACCGGCGCUGAUGACAGCGUUUCUGAGGGAAUCAGGGGGACAGACUGCACCUGGUGACAACGUCCUGGUGGAUGGACUGUCUGGUCUCGGCUCUGGCCGUGUCUUCUUCCUCAGCUGUGCACACUGGGACAACAACUCCCAGGGACCAGCAGUACAGGUGUGUCCCCUUGUAUGUGUGUGUGUGUUUUGACCUUUGAACCUCCAUUAACCCUUAACCUUUGGUCCUCUCUCAGGCUCUGAGGCAGGGUGUGAGGAAAGUCCUGACCUCUUGUGAGAAGCAGGGCUUCCGUUCCGUUGCCUUCCCUGUAGUUGGAACUGGUGUGGUUCUCCAGUUCCCUCACAACGUGGCAACGCAGGUUCUGCUAGAAGAGAUCCGUCGGUACGAGCAGAACCGAGCGAGCAGAACCCCCUUCCUUAUCCGCAUUGUCGUCCAUCCCAAUGACAGAGAUUCUACCAAGGUGAGGAGGGACGUUUAAAGAAGGUCUCAAACAAUUACACAAAAUGCCCAUUAACUUAAAUUAGUGUUGCACAGUAUACCGGUACCACGGUAAUAUCACGGUUCCAAAAUGUCAUGAUUCUUAUUAUACUAACAUUUUAGAAUACCUUAGUUAUAUAAUACUACUGACCUUUUCAGCCCUACCAAUCUAAAGAACCUGCUUGCGCCUGUUAUAAAAUGUUUAUAAAGUCUGUUUUGUUCAUAAAUUCAGUUGAAUUUAAGCUAAAGCCACUAGUCUCUUGUAUGUGCUGGUCCAAUAAUAUCCACUUCUCUUUCAUGCACGUAUCACCUUUGUUAGCUGUAAUCAGCCAGCUGCAUCCCCUAACAGACCUCACUCACCUGCUUCUCUCCGUCCGCUCUUAAUGCGCGUCUAUUCCUCCGUCAGUUAAAAAAUAUAUAAUUUAGCUGUGAUGGCGAGCGGGGAUGCAGACCCAGACCCUGAUGAGUCUUCUGUUGUUAGAUAUGUACACUUAUUACAUUGGAGUAGCGUGCAAAGCGAGCAAUGUUGUUACAUUGUAUAAUUUCAUCGCCUGUUAUAACCAAGAGCACAGACCAGUCUGAGUAGACUUUGCAAGUUCACUGUCACGCAGCCUCUGAGUGUCAGAGAGGGAAAAUGGACAGGCAUGCUUGUAGCUUUACAGCAAAGAAAAUGGCUUAUCUCCAGCCUAAACGGUUAAAAAAAUAUGACCCAUAUUACCGGAGAUUUCUUUCUAUUGGGAUUCGCACACAUUUUAUAUAAUUUCUAAAACCAUGUCGCGGGCCAUUUUAAACUAAUCCCGGGUCGCUAAUUAUUGGUUUGAUAACAAGCAACGUUGUUCCAUCGUGUUACCUAGUUAGCUAACAAUCUGUAAGCCUCAACUAUAUCAAAAUCCAUUUAUUUCUGGUGCUCCUUCAAUUCUGUUUGGUGCCUAAUGUUGUAAAAGUUGGGAGCAGUGUGUGUAUGUGUGUUUGUGGGAGAGAGCGAGAGAGUGGUGUGUAUGUGUGUUUGUGGGAGAGAGAGAGAGAGUGGUGUGUAUGUGUGUUUGUGGGAGAGAGAGAGAGAGUGGUGUGCUGUGUUUCUGAGAGUGAGGGUGACAGAGAGAGUGUGUAAGGAAUGGAGGGAGAGUGUGUGUGUCUGUGUUAAUUGAAGAGUAAAGAAGGUUUCAUGCAGUGUUUUCUCCUUACUGAUACAAUGACAUGCAGAUCAUUAUGCAUGUACAUUCCUUCCUCCCAUUCCUCCAGCCAAAUCACAGGUAGGCCUUUGGAAAUAUGAGCAAAUCAGCCAUUCUAUGCAGUAUUCUAUUAUACACUGAACAGUGUGAAGUAAAAUGUAAUGUAUUGUAUUGAGUACAGAGUGAAUUUUAGUGACAGAAAACGUCAACAAGCAUCCGGGGGACGGGGCGAACAGGAUGCUAUGCCACUGAUUGUCCACCGUGGUAUCGCGAUACUACUUGGUAUCGUGAUACUUGGCCUGGUAUCGUAUCGUUUGUACAAUAUUGGUAUCGUGACAAUAGGUUUAAUAUGUUUCAGCCAAUCACAUUUCAGAUUCUCUGAAGCCAUUAUAUAAUACUGUGUAAAACAUCCAUAAUUGCAGAUUUGUUUAAUAAUAACAGUCACAAUCCUUCAUUGCAGUUGUAUUGUUUGUUCUAAUCUACAGGCUUUUCAGACUGCCCAGAAUGCUAUGCAUCUCAGAGGGUUCGUAUUGGGUGCUCGACCAGAGCAAGGUGAGUUACAACACUUCACCCCCACCUUUAAAUCAUAUACAUUAUUUCUAUAUGAUUGAUCCAGUUCAAGUUAUAAUUAUGAACCGUCCCUAUAGACAUCAGGAUUGUGCUGCUGGGUAAAACCGGAGGAGGUAAAAGCAGUGCUGGAAACACCAUCUUCGGACAAGAUGAUGUAUUUCUCGUAGACAGUUCCUCCACCUCCGCAACACAAAUAUGUGAAGCGCAGACCAAGAACAUCAAAGGAAGAAACAUCACCCUGAUUGACACACCUGGAUUAUUUGACACUGACAUCCCUAAAGAGGAGCUGAAACCUAAAAUAGUCAAAUGUAUAACAGAGUGUGCUCCGGGGCCGCAUGCCUUUCUCAUUGUACUGAAAGUGGAACGGUAUACAGUUCACGAAAAAGAAGCUGUAGCGAAAAUUGAAAAAUAUUUUUCACCAGAGGCCUUCAAAUAUGCCACAGUCCUCUUCACUCAUGGUGAACAACUCAAUGGUUUGACCAUUGAGAAGUUUGUCCAACAGAAUUAUGAACUGAACAAGCUUGUGGAGAAAUGUGGAGGCCGCUGUCACAUCAUUGACAACAAAUACUGGAACACCAAUCAGCAGGGUCAGCACAGCAACCAGUACCAAGUAGCAGAGCUACUCAACACCAUAGAGAAGAUGGUGAGAGAGAACGGAGGAGGAUGCUACACCAACGAGAUGCUCCAAGAGGCAGAGAGAUUAAUACAAGCAGAGAUGGAGAGUCUUAGGAAGGAGUUAAAAGGCCAGAUGUCAGAGGAAGAGAUGAGAAAACAGGCUAAAGAAAGAGCGAGAAAGAAGCUCCUGAUCAAAUUAUCAGGGAUUGUAACAGGUGCAGUGGUAGGAGCUCUACUUGGGGUGUCAAUGCUGAUAAUGCUACCACUCACACUCGCUACACAACCAUUGCUCCAUUUAGUCAAAAGUCAGAUAGCAGCUUCAAUGACAGGGCCAGCAGUUGUGGCGGAGGUAGCAGGACCAGCACUUGCAGCAGAGACAGGGGCGACCAUGGGAGUGGGUUCAGGGAUAGGCAUAGGAGCAGGGAUAGGCAUAGCUGUAGGAGUUGUUGCUGGAACCGCCGCAACAGCAGGAGCGGUAAUAGGAGGGAUAGUAGGUGCAACUGCAGCAGAGGAGGCAGAGACAGUACAGGAGGCAGCAGAGAAAGCAGCUAGUGCUGUCUACAAGGAAGCUAAGGGUCUUUAUGAAAAAGCAGAAAACCUUUUGACAGGGUGCAGUAAGUCUAAGUAG